GUCGGAAACUCGUAUAACCGGAAGUAACUCCUAACCAUCAGCGUGCUCAGUGCCAACUUAAAUAUUAGCCUGUAGAUAUAAUAACCAAACUGCGACAGUGUUUCCUGGGAAAAUGGGAGAUCCCGUGGCAGAGUAUGCAUCCAGAAUUCAACAGCAGGAGCGGGAAAUAAAGUGUCUCUCAGCUGAAAUUGAGAAUCUGAAGAAUCCGGAGACUCUCGGAAUUUCAUCCCAGCUGAAUGAGCUCCGAGACGAGAACGCAAGACUGAAGUAUCGCCUGAACAUCCUUAAGAGAAGCCUUCAGGAAGAGAGGAGCCAGUGCAGCAAGACCAUGAUCAACAUCAACCAGCGCCUGCAGGGCGUCUUCGGGGACGCCAUCCGCGCGGCCUUCCCCGACGUGGAGAACCCGCCCCUCACCAUCUCGCCCAAUCAGCAGGCCAAGUUUGGCGACUACCAGUGCAACAGCGCCAUGGGGAUGGCACAGAUAAUGAAGGCAAACGGGCUGAAAGUCAGCCCCAGGGAGAUCGCGGAGAAGAUCGUUCAGAACAUUCCGGACAACGACCUGAUUGAGAAGACGGAGAUUGCUGGACCAGGAUUCAUCAAUGUUCACCUCAAGAAGGCCUUUGUGUCAAAACUUCUGACCAACCUGCUGGUGAAUGGAGUGCAGCCUCCCCCUCUGGAAUCAAAGAAAAGGGUGGUGGUGGACUUCUCCUCCCCCAACAUCGCUAAGGAGAUGCACGUGGGUCACCUGCGCUCCACCAUCAUCGGGGAGAGCAUGUGCCGGCUCUUUGAGUUCCUGGGCUACGACGUCCUCAGGUUGAAUCACGUGGGUGACUGGGGAACGCAGUUCGGAAUGCUGAUCGCUCACCUCCAGGACAAAUUCCCCGACUACCUCACCGAGUCCCCCCCCAUCAGCGACCUCCAGGGCUUCUACAAAGAGUCGAAGAAGCGCUUUGACGAGGAGGAGGAGUUUAAGAAGAGGGCGUAUCAGUGUGUAGUGCGGCUGCAGAGUAAAGAGCCGGACUUCAUCAAAGCCUGGAACCUCAUCUGUGACGUGUCCAGGAAGGAGUUUCAGAGAGUCUACGACUGUCUGGACAUUCGGAUAGUCGAACGUGGGGAGUCCUAUUACCAGAAUAUGAUGACUGCUGUGGUGAAAGAGUUUGAAGAGAAAGGCCUGGUUAAGCUGGAGGAGGGCAGGAAGCUGGUGUUCGUCCCGGGGCAGUCCAUCCCCCUGACGGUGGUGAAGUCCGACGGGGGCUACACGUACGACACGUCCGACCUGGCCGCGCUCAGGCAGCGGCUGUUUGAGGAGAAGGCUGACAUCAUCGUCUACGUGACGGACAGCGGGCAGGCAACACACUUCCAGGUGGUGUUCGCUGCGGGGCAGAUGAUUGGCUGGUACGACCCCAAGGUGACGCGGGUGGAGCACGCCGGGUUCGGAGUGGUCCUGGGAGAGGACAAGAAGAAGUUUAAGACCCGCUCUGGAGACACGGUCAGACUCAUGGACCUGCUGGAGGAGGGGCUGAAGAGGUCUAUGGACAAACUGAAGGAGAAGGAGAGAGACAAGGUCCUGACCCCGGAGGAGCUGACGAAGGCCCAGAGAGCCGUGGCCUUCGGCUGCAUUAAAUACGCCGACCUGUCGCACAACCGCAACAACGACUACGUCUUCUCCUUCGACAAGAUGCUGGACGACCGGGGAAACACGGCGGCCUACCUGCUCUACGCCUACACCCGCAUCAGGUCGAUCACCCGCCUGGCCAGCCUGGACGAGGCGGAGCUCCGGAAGGCCGCGGAGACCACCGAGGUGCUGCUGGACCACGAGAAGGAGUGGAAGCUGGGGAAGUGCAUCCUGCGCUUCCCCGAGAUCCUGCACAAGAUCCUGGAGGACCUGCUGCUGCACACGCUGUGCGACUACCUGUACGAGCUGGCCACCACCUUCACAGAGUUCUACGACAGCUGCUACUGCGUGGAGAAGGACCGGCAGACCGGCGAGGUGGUGAAGAUCAACGUGUGGCGGCUGCUCCUGUGCGACGCCACGGCGGCCAUCAUGGCUCGGGGGUUCGACAUCCUGGGGCUCACUCCGGUGCAGAGGAUGUGACCGCGCGAGUGCCUCUCUGUCCCCUUUAACGCUAAACCCCCAUUACCCCCCCCC